AUGGACAAAGACGGAUUAGAUGAGCUUAUGGAAUCUGAAAAAAAGAAGGAAGAAUAAAAAUUUAAUGAAGCAGAUGAUGAUGAUAUUUAAUCAUGUAUUGACAUUAGGGAAUUCGAAAGGAGAUUGAAAAGUGCCAGAUCUAGCAGAAUAAAAAAUAAGAACGAUUCCUCAUCAGACGAUGAUUUUGGCAAUAAUGAUUUUGGAAGGUCAUUCAUGUCUAUAAAAAGCGGUUCACAUAUAAGAAACUCAAGUAAAAAUAGCCUUAACUCGACAGCAUAAAUGAAUUUGAGUAAAAAUAGCAUAUAAAGCAAAGUUUAAUAAAUUAAAUAGAGCUAGUAAAUGAUUAAGCCUUCUGCUUCUAAUAUAUAAGCAUCUCAAGCAGCUAAAAAAAAUUUGAAGAAAUACGAUGAUCCUGAACUGGAAUAAAUAAUGAAAGCUUCAAAUAUAGAGUAAAAAGUGAAAGAAUUGCUAAAUAAAUAUCAAUAAUUAUAAAAAAAUUUCGAUAGAGAACGCAACUUGAGAUAGAAAUACGAAGGUGAACAUUUAUCAUAAAAUAAAACUCGCUUGGAAGAAACUUCAACAAAUAUCACAACAUAUUAAAGUAGUAAAUUAGGAAAAGGUUCAAUAUUAAAUGCUAUUAAUUAAAAUGAGGAAAAUGUUACUUUAAAGCAAGAAGUCUAAAAAUUAUAAAAAGAAGUAUAGAAAAAAGAAAAAAUGUUAUAGGAACUUAUUAUGGACAAAGCAACUGGAAGUUCAACUAGCUCUAGCAAUGGAUUUAAAGUUUUCGAGGACUCCAAAAUAAAAAGAUUGGAAAAUGAACUCAAAAUACUUAAAAAAGAAAGAGACGAAUUUUUUGCUUCUAGAUUUGAUAAAAUUUAUUUUUAGAAAAAUGCAGAGCUGGUCAAAGAUCUCUCUUACUAAAAUUCUAAAAUGAGAGUCAAAAUAGAAGAGCUCGAACAAAUGUUAAAGAAAAAUUGA